GGCCUCUGCGGAGUGGGGGGCGGAGGCGACUGGAGAGCUAACUGAGGGACAGCUGAACCGCAGUCCCGUGUGGCCUCUUCUCCGCUGUGCUGUGCGCUGUGAAGUGCAGGCUCGCCCUAGCAGGGUCUCGCCUCUCACUCGCAGCUGCUCUUGGAGAGCUCUCUUUGCUCCGCAGGACAGGCAGUUCUUCUCGCUCCUGUGCACCAUCAGAAACCAUGGCCAACACGGGCAAUAGGUACCGAGGCUCCAUCACAGAUUAUGCUGACUUUGAUUCCAACCGGGAUGCUGAGGCCCUGUACACAGCCAUGAAGGGCUUUGGCAGUGACAAAGAAGCCAUCUUGGAGUUGAUCACCUCUCGGAGCAAUAAGCAGAGACAAGAAAUCUGUCAGAGCUACAAAUCCCUCUAUGGCAAGGACCUCAUUGAUGACCUGAAGUACGAGCUGACAGGAAAGUUUGAGCGGCUGAUUGUGGGCCUGAUGAGGCCUCUCGCCUACUUUGAUGCCAAGGAAAUUAAAGAUGCCAUCUCGGGCAUUGGGACAGAUGAGAAGUGCCUGAUUGAGAUCCUGGCCUCCCGAACCAACCAGCAGAUCCACCAGCUAGCAGAAGCCUACAAGGAUGCAUACGAACGGAAUCUGGAGGAAGAUGUUAUUGCUGACACCUCUGGCCACUUCAAGAAGAUGCUUGUGGUCUUGCUCCAGGGGACCCGGGAGGAAGAUGACGUGGUGAGCGAGGACCUGGUUGCCCAAGACGUCAAGGACCUGUAUGAAGCUGGGGAACUGAAAUGGGGAACUGAUGAGGCCCAGUUCAUCUACAUCUUGGGAAACCGAAGUAAACAGCAUCUGAGGCUGGUGUUUGAUGAAUAUCUGAAGACCACAGGGAUCCCUAUUGAGGCCAGCAUCCGAGGAGAGCUGUCUGGGGACUUUGAGAAGCUAAUGUUGGCUGUCGUAAAGUGUAUCCGGAGCACUGCAGAGUAUUUCGCAGAAAGGCUCUUUAAAGCCAUGAAGGGCCUGGGAACUCGGGACAACACCUUGAUCCGCAUCAUGGUCUCCCGAAGUGAGCUGGAUAUGCUUGACAUUAGGGAGGUGUUCCGGACCAAAUAUGAGAAGUCCCUUUACAGCAUGAUUAAGAAUGACACAUCUGGAGAGUACAAAAAAGCCCUGCUGAAGUUGUGUGGUGGGGAUGAUGAUGCUGCAGGCCAAUUCUUCCCAGAGGCAGCGAAGGUGGCCUAUCAGAUGUGGGAACUUAGUGCAGUGGCCCGAGUGGAGCUCAAGGGGACAGUACGUCCAACCCCAAAUUUUGACCCAGAAGCAGAUGCCAAGGCCCUGAGGAAGGCCAUGAAAGGCCUAGGUACGGAUGAGGAUACCAUCAUUGAUAUCGUCACACACCGAAGCAAUGACCAACGGCAACAGAUACGACAGACCUUCAAGUCCCACUUUGGCCGGGACCUGAUGGCUGAUUUGAAGUCUGAGAUCUCAGGCAGCCUGGCGAAGCUGAUCUUGGGCCUCAUGAUGCCCCCUGCACACUAUGAUGCCAAGCAACUGAAGAAGGCCAUGGAGGGAGCUGGUACUGAUGAACAGGCUCUGAUUGAAAUCCUGGCCACUCGAAACAACCACGAAAUCCAGGCCAUCAAUGAAGCUUAUCGAGAAGACUACCGCAGAUCCCUGGAGGAUGACUUAACCUCGGACACAUCUGGCCACCUUAAGAGGAUCCUCGUCUCCCUGGCCACGGGGAAUCGUGAUGAGGGACCUGAAAAUUCAGAGCAAGCCCGAGAGGAUGCCCAGGUGAUUGCAGAAAUCUUGGAGAUAGCAGAUACAACGAGCAGUGGCGACAAACCUUCUCUGGAAACACGUUUCAUGAGUAUUUUAUGUUCUCGAAGUUAUCAGCACCUCCGGAGAGUUUUCCAAGAGUUCAUCAAGAUGACUAAUCAUGACGUGGAACACACCAUUAAGAAAGAGAUGUCUGGGGACGUGCGGGACGCAUUGGUGGCUAUUGUCCAGAGUGUCAAGAACAAGCCCCUCUUCUUUGCUGAUAAGCUGUAUAAGUCCAUGAAGGGAGCAGGCACAGAUGAGAAAACUCUCACAAGAAUCAUGGUCUCCAGGAGCGAGACUGACCUGCUCAACAUUAGGCGAGAGUUCAUUGAGAAGUAUGACAAAUCACUUCACCAUGUCAUUGAGAGUGACAACUCCGGAGACUACCUCAAGGCUUUGCUGGCCCUCUGUGGAGGAGAGGACUAGCUGGAAAGAGAGAGCUGGUCCCCAAUUCAAAGCUGUCGUUUUGAUUGUAGAGGUUGCUGUGGCUUUGGGGGGAAACUUCCUUUGCUGUCCAGCCUCACACAGCCAGCACAGCCAAGACAAGUGGGGAGGGGGGAGGGGUAGUGGAGAUGGGGAGGGAAGGUUCUUGGGACUUGUCUUCUGUGAAUGCCAUAGGAGGAAAGGGUGACACCUCCACAUAGGUGUUUUACCCAGUGAAGUUACUCCUGCUUAUGUAUUCUAAAACAAAUAAAAUGUACACCGAUCAUCAAA